GCGAAUGGUUGAGUUUGGGUCGUUGGAAGUUGACAUCGACAUGAGGCUAAUGCUAGUGUGAAUGUUUGUGGCGGCGUUUUCUCAGACUCCGAAGCACUUGGAUGGACUGCAUUUCCCGGCAUCCCCCGGGUCGCCAGGCUGACUAAUCGAGCCGCAUCCGUCGACUCGCCCACUCUCGCUGACCAGGCUCCCCGCGACGCUCGCGUCCCGUCCGUCCGCGUCCUGCUCUCUGCUAGCUGAAAUGCUCCGGUCCGCGCGGCUUCAAAGGUGAAGCCUGUUUUUUCGUCUCCGAGUUGUGUGCAGGAACAUUUUCACCGCUUGAGAGAAUGACUCCGGUGUUCUUUAAGCGCCAUCUCACCGUGUGGAAGACCAAACCUCCUUUGUAGAGAGUCGAGUCGUGUGAGCCCGACCUCGGCUCCCCCCCACCUCCCCUCCCCAGAGCGGCUCUUUUGCUGGCGGCGCAGCGCUUUACAUCUGGCCGUGCAGGUGCCCUGUCAAGCUGCCUGUCGACCCUGAAGCUACCGAGGCGACGACGAGGAGUAGCGGUUCUGUUUGGGGCGAGUUUGGACCGAGCCCCGGGGGGGGAGCAGGAGGCAGACCCGCAGAGACCAAGGCUCUCGGGAUGGCCAACGAGCCCAUCAUCCUCAACGUCUACGAUAUGUACUGGAUCAAUGAGUUCACCAGCUCCCUGGGGAUCGGCGUCUUCCACACGGGACUGGAGAUCUACGGCCGAGAGUUUGCCUACGGCGGACACCCGUACCCCUUCUCAGGAAUCUUUGAGAUCUCGCCGGGCGACGCCUCUGAGCUGGGAGAGACCUUCAAGUUCAAGGAAGCCAUUGUCCUGGGCAGCACGGACUUCACCGAGGAAGAUGUGGAGCGGAUCGUGGAGGAGAUGGGGAAGGAGUACAAGGGCAACGCCUACCACCUCAUGCACAAGAACUGCAACCACUUCUCCUCAGCCCUGUCCGAGGUCCUGUGUGGCAGAGAAAUCCCUCGCUGGGUCAACCGCCUGGCCUACUUCAGCUCCUGCGUGCCCUUCCUCCAGAGCUGCCUGCCCAAGGAGUGGCUGACGCCGGCGGCGCUGCAGUCCAGCGUCAGCCAGGAGCUGCACGGCGCCGGCGACCUGGAGGAGGCCGAGGACGCCGCCGCCUCCGCCUCCCUGGCCUCCAUGUCGCCCUCGUCCUCCAGCCCCGCCCCCCUGCCUCGCCAGCCUCGCCACCAGCCGCGGCGGUAGGAGGCCGGAGCGCCGCUGUAACCCAGGGACCUUUCAUGACGGCGGUCCCAGAGCCCGGCUCAUGGCGGGUCUGGACUCGCAGCACUCAGGUGGUGGACCUCAGAGGCCAACAGUCACCCCUCACCUUCCCGUGCCGGGAAACUCCCGUGAAGCGGGUUCAUCUUCGGGACCUCCACAAUUUUGCUCCUUUAGUUUCAGUGGACAUUCUGUGAGGGUGAAACACACACACACACACACACACACACACAUACUUGCACUGUCAGCAGACCUGCAGCUGUUGCCAUGGAGACCCCCUGUGAUCCUGGUCUCCUGCUGUGGCUGCAGGUUCACAUGUGAUGUCUGAACACCAACACCAGACAUUGGCUCGUAGCAGCUCUCCAACCUUGACCCCCGCUGACCUCGGCGUCCACCUGCCACGAGACGCCACGGUGAGGCGAGCAGAGGGUGAGCGAGCGCCAGACACGGCCACAAGUUUGAAACACAUUAUAGACCAGGCACGUUCUGCUGGGCCUCUUCUGGGAUGACAGGGAUCAGGCGGGGAACCGGUUUUGGCUGCGGCGAGUUCCUGGUGGAACAGCUGAUACUGAGUCAGGAAGCGCUCAUCUCUGACUCCAGAGGCGUGUUACACCCUCACGACUCGGUUCUGUGGAGUCAGCGAUAAUGAGUCACAUGGGAGCGUAGUGUGAGGCAGGCAGGCCACCCCCGGACGAUCAGCACGACGUUCACACCGGUCAUCACCUCAGCCCUCACGUGACCUCCGUAGCACACCACAGCGUUGGCUUUUUAGCCAGACCUUCCUGCCAUGACGUCUCGGCAGCCUUGUCAGUAGCAGCUACCUUUUGUGCCUUCACGCAAGGCACCAGACCAAGAGUCCCCCGGCUGGUUCUCACGGGGCCCCUGAGCAGGCGUCCGGUGGAGUCUGGUGUCUCCGUUGUUCAGACUUGGCCACCCUGCUCCUCAGACGCGCGCCGGUCUCUGCUGGAGGUCACGGACACGCCAGGCAGGAGACUGGCGCGUGGCCACCUUCCUCAACCUCUCUCUCAGGACUCAGAACAACCUUUCUUAAAGCAAGGCAUUUUUACCCCACUCGUUCUCUCCUGGUUUUUCUACCGCAGUCUUGGGCGGCAGGGUUUUCUACGCCUCUUUGAUAGGACUAGGUUUUGUUUACCACGUGGCGCGCUCGAGUGCAUGAACGUUUGGGAGCGUCCAGAACCUCGUCUCUCAUGGAGCAUUUAAGGCUUGAACCGAACCAGCAUUUUGACCUCGGAACGUUGCUACGUUUCUGCUGUAGCCGGCUUCAUGAACGAGCUGGCGCCCUCUGCCGGCGGCUGUUUGUGUUGGAUUAAAUCUUGUAUCACCACUCAAGUGUCGCGUCAUACAUGACGUCACGUCAGAAGGCGAGAUGACCGGAGGUUCCUCCCUCCACAGGGCGGUCUCAGUGAGGAGUCCAACAUGGAAGUGCUUUAUUUCAAUGAAACCUUUUGGUAGUGCAGGAAGAGAAAACAGCUCACUAGCAACGCAAGCGUGUCAUUGACCCGUGUUCGUCUCCUCUGGAGCUUCGACUGCAGGUGAGCUCCACUGACAGCGACCAGGACGGAAGGAAGCAGGAUCCGCAGAUCUACUGUUGUCUGGGAACAAACUUGAGUUUGAUGGGCUUCACUGGUCUGGCCGCCCAGUCGAACGUCAGCGGAAUCUGGGGGAGAGGGGCGUGUGCGUGAGCGACCCGCCUGUGUGAGAGAGGGAGAGAGCGUGCAGUACCAUGGUGUCCCUGCAGGUCUCCACUUCGUAGCUCCGCAGCAGCUGCACCAGCACCGUCUUCACCACCAGCAGGGCGUAGCGCAUCCCCACACAGUUGCGAGGGCCGAGGCCGAACGGCAUGUAGGCGUACGGGUUCACCUCCUCGCCGCUGUCUUUGCUGAACCUGCAGGUGAGGUCACAUGUCAGCUCAGCACCACGGAACGGUGGGAGGGGACACUCCCGGGUUCCAGCGCCGAUGUGGAGAGGCCCCUGUUGGAGACUCGGACUGCUGCGGCGCUCAGGUUGGGAGUGGAAUCCGUUUUCCAUCACAGUCACUCACCUCUCAGGCCUGAAAAGGUCCGGGUCGGUCCAGUAUUUGGGGCUCCUGUGCAGCAGCGUCACCGGGAUCCCGACCAGGGUUCCUUUGGGAAUGGUGAUCCCGUUCAUGUGGAUGGUUUUCUUGCAGCUCCUCUCCAGUCGCGGCGCCGUGGGAGUCAAACGCAUGGCCUCCAGGAUCACCUGCUCCAGGUACUCCAGGCCGAGCAGCUGCUCGUAGGUCAUCGGGCUCUGGACACAGAGCCGGAGGGUCAGCCACCAGCGCACCGGGGCUCUCGGGACACACCUACGUCUUUAGGGAAGGCGGAGUCGAUCUCCUUCUGCAGGAUCUGCAUCUUGUCCGGGUUGGUGGCCAGGUUGUGCAGGAUGAAGCUGAGGGUGGUGCUGGUGGUCUCGUACCCGCCGAAGAUGAAGAUGAAGGCCUGAGACAGGAUCUCGUGCUCGGUCAGACCUGGAAGGGAGUCCGUUCACGUUCACGCCUCGUCUCAGCAGCUGGCUCUGUUGGUUCUGGAGUUCGGUGCUAACCAACGAGCCGCCCGGACCGGGCAGUCUGAGCUCCACACUGUGGUGUGUUCAGGUUCCAGCAGGACCCUCACCUUUGCUAGGCUGUUCCUGCUGGCCCUUGACGCUGGACUCAGGAAUCUCACUCUCCAUCAUGACCUGAAGGAAGUCGGCGCGUCUCUGAGGGACACACGCGCGUGAGAAGCGCUGCACUGGUCACAUGGUGAAGGUCACUCACAGAGUCGCCGGCGUGGUGCUCCUGCUUGAACUUCUUGAUGAUGUCAUAGAAAAAGUUCAUACUUUCCAUGUUCAUGAAGUCCAGGUGGAGGAACCUCAGCAGACGUUCAGCAAGAGGGAAGGCGACUGGCGGAACACAGACACGGAGUCACCUGCGUGCAUGAGUGCGUGCGUCUCUCUGAGGACCUACAGAGGAUGAAUAAAGGCCACGCCUUGAAGUUGAGCAUCUUCUUGAGGUGCACCACGAGUGGAGAGUCUGGGUUGUUGAUGGCGUCGGACUCCACGCCGAAGGACGCACUGGUCACGACGUCCAGACUGUACGGGGCCAUCAGCCUGGACGGGGAGACACGAGCUUCUCAGCCUUGGUUCUUCCCUCCCUGAGCAUCGGUCCGACCUGGGCUCUCCAGCGCCACCGACUUCCACCUCAGGUACUCACUGUUUGACAUCCACGGAGUCCAGGUCCUUCUUGUCCAGACUCUGGACGAGUCGGUCGGAAUAGCGAGUGAUGAGCGGGAACAUCUGGAGCCAGAGAAGAAGAGGAUGAUGAGCCUCUCGAGCUCCGGGAGGUGACAGCAUCAAGCUUGAGUCAGGAGGUCGGGUCAGGUCACCUGCUUGAGCUUCCCGCUGGUGAAACAUGGAGACAACGUGCUGCGGAUCCUUUUCCAGUGGUCGUCUUUGACGUUGGUGAUGGCGUCGUCCAUCGGCCCCGAGAUGAACGUCUCCUGAGGAAGCAGCAGAGGAGACGCGUUGGACUCUUCCCCCACUCCUCAUCCUCUCAACCUUCAGCCCCCCCCCCCAGCUCAUUACCCGGCGGUUGGUGAAGACGCUGUAACACUCCUUCAGCAACACUGUUUUGAUCAUCUCCGGGUCGGCAACGAUCAGAGUGGGGCUCCUGCCGUCGUACAGCCUGCAGACAAACACAAGAGUCAGCCGGCACCAGACGGUGGCGCUGUGGCACCAACUCUUUUCUCCACACCGUGAAACCACGUAGACAGACCCGUGUGUUUCAGUUCACUUCCUGUUUGGUCAGGCCACGUCUGUGAACAUCACACCCAGAUCCAUGUGUGGAACCUUUCUAGUCACCUGCGAGGGCUAGAGUCCUCUAGACCCAUGGUGGGGCCGUGAGGCCCCCAAGAGGGCCGCUAGAACUUUUCUUGUUUCCCACCUCUGGACCGCGAGACGCUGAAUUGAGUUGGCAGCUGCACAUCUGUGAUAAUGACCAACUAUGGAGAAGUUCAAUAUGAAGAAACAAUGAUGAAGGAAGUGACGGCGCCCCCUACAGUACACACUGCUCAUGAAAGCAGCUGCUGGAGCAGUUUUGAAAAUUAAUGACAACAUUUUAUGGCAAUACUUUUAUUUACACUUGACUUAUAUCAUCUUUGGAGUUUAAAUAAAAUAUAUAAUUUAAGAUAUUUAGACAUGGUUUUGUUAUAUUUGUUUUGUUCAGAUUUUUUUUUUCAGUUUUUCCAAUUUUCUCAACGUUUUUUGUCUUCAGUAAAUGUGAUGAACAUGACUUGCAGCUGCUUCUGCUGCUGGUUGAACUUUGCACCGACCACAUGGUUUCAUGUCGUUUCACAAGGUUUUAGUUUGUUUACGUGUGAGUCGAUUCAAUACGGUUAUUGAUCACAAAUGAUCCAUGAAUCUGUGCGAUGACUGGAACGGCCCCGGGGCCGUUUGUUCUGGGAACGUUGGGCCCCCAGAUCAGAAAGGUGAAGAACCCCUGCCCUAUGAGCGUCAUGUUCCACGGGUCCUUAUUGGCUCCGGACUCACACUCAUGGUUUGUUUAUCUCUGCUGUAAUAAUGACGCAUGAUUUAACAGCCCCAUCUAAUCUUGUCAGGACCAAUAAACAUGGAGCGGCCUGAACUCUGUUCCAUGUUUGCUGUGUUUUAAUUGUUGUUAAGGCUCAACACUGGAGUGACAUCAUGUUGGUCCAGCACCUUCUGUGGGGGCGUGGACGUCACCUGUCGUGACAGAGCGUGAGCUCACCCGCUCAGGAUGUGGGCCACAGGCCACGUGAAGAUAAGGCCGGUGGUAAAGGCUUGUUGACAUGUAGUGUGGGCUUUUAUGACUUGACAUGUAAUGUGGUCAUAAAAGCCCACAGUAUGUGUCAAGACCACCUCUGAGCUGCUGGCAAUUCAGGUGACAUAAGAGGCGGAGCCCACUCACCCCCAGUAGUCGCCAUACUUGUCGUAGCAUUCCUUGUCAAGGGCGGGAAUCCCCUGCAAGAAAUGUGCAUCACGUCAGAGCAGCUGAAACCUGCGUCUCCUCAGACACUGACCAUGGAGCUGAGGGCUCCUCUGCUGCUGCUCCCUUCACUGCGCGCGUGCGUGCGUGUGUGCAUGUCGCUCCUCACAGGGUCAUUACAGUUCACAAAAACGAGAAAUAAAAAUAAACACCAAAUUACAGCCACAACGUAAACUGAUGCAAAGCAAGUGAAGCUGUGGGAGAGUUGUCCUCUGCUUGGGUGUGUACUCCUGUCAUCAAGAGGCAUCUGGAUCUGGGCUGCUGUCACCACAGCUGUCCAGUCGGCCGUGUCGCCGGCCAACAGCCUCCUCUUCCCACCCGCAGGCUUUUUGACACGCACGUCUGUUGUUGGCUUUUCAUUGCUGACUAUGAUUGUGAUCUUCAGUCGUUAUUACCCAUUACCCCGUGUUGAAGGAAAAAUAAACUAACAAUGAAAACUAAACUAACUGUCAAAGCAUUUUUUAAAAACCGGAACUCGUUGAAACAAAGUGAAUUUGAAAGACAAAAAUUCAAAACUGAAUAAAAAGGAAAACUACUGAAGGACCCAACACACAGCAGCGAUGUCAGAUGAGUGCAGGCAGAGGGCCAGAACACCAGAGCAACAGGGCCAAGUGCCUCGCUGGUGCUGGACCAGGAGGCGCCUCCUACAGGCCCCCCAUCCGGACCCCGACUCCGCUGGCUGUGACGCCACACACCUGAGGGCCCGGGGUUCAGAGGGUGACUUUCUCCUUCACUCCUCUGGUUGACAGGUCUGACACCCUCUCUGGCCCGACGUGGGGUGGAACAUCUCAACAGCGGGUCUCACCUUUCGCAAGGCCAUCAUGGUGCCGAUGAAAGGCAGCGGCCUGGGCCCCGGGAUUCCCAGCUUCUUGAAAAAACGAUAGGGCCAAACUCCGUACCUGUGACAGAGCAGAGACAUUUCACAUCUCUGCCUGCACCAAACUCGUCACAGGGCCUUGUUGCG